UAGCCGCUGCGCGUGCGCGGAACCGUGGGGCCAUGAGCGAAGCCGGCGGCGGCCGGGGCUGUGGGUCCUCGGUCCCCCAGCGAGCGCCAUGGAGCCUGGUGGCGGCGACGGCCGCGUUCUGCCUGGUGUCGGCCACGUCCGUCUGGACGGCGGGGGCCGCGCCCAUGAGUAGGGAGGAGAGACAGAAGCUUGGGAAUCAAGUACUGGAAAUGUUUGAUCAUGCUUAUGGUAACUAUAUGGAACAUGCUUACCCAGCUGAUGAACUCAUGCCUUUAACCUGUAGAGGUCGUGUUAGAGGCCAGGAGCCAAGUCGGGGUGAUGUUGAUGACGCCUUGGGAAAAUUUUCCCUGACAUUGAUUGAUUCUUUGGACACUCUUGUGGUAUUAAAUAAAACUAAAGAAUUUGAAGAUGCGGUGAGAAAAGUUUUAAGAGAUGUUAAUUUAGAUAAUGAUGUAGUUGUAUCAGUCUUUGAAACAAACAUCAGAGUUCUUGGGGGUCUUUUGGGUGGACACUCAUUGGCAAUCAUGCUGAAAGAAAAAGGCGAAUACAUGCAGUGGUACAAUGAUGAACUUCUCCAAAUGGCAAAGCAAUUGGGUUACAAACUUUUACCAGCUUUCAAUACUACCAGUGGCCUUCCUUAUCCAAGAAUUAAUUUAAAGUUUGGUGUCAGAAAACCGGAAGCUCGAACCGGAACUGAGACAGAUACCUGUACAGCUUGUGCAGGUACCUUGAUCCUUGAGUUUGCUGCUUUAAGUCGGUUCACAGGAGCGACAGUAUUUGAGGAAUACGCAAGAAAAGCUCUUGAUUUUCUCUGGGAAAAAAGACAGCGAAGUAGUAAUUUAGUGGGUGUGACUAUAAAUAUUCAUACUGGAGAUUGGGUAAGAAAAGAUAGUGGAGUUGGAGCAGGGAUUGAUUCAUAUUAUGAAUAUCUAUUGAAAGCCUAUGUCUUGCUUGGAGAUGACAGUUUUCUGGAAAGAUUUAAUACACACUACGAUGCCAUCAUGAGGUACAUUAGCCAGCCACCUCUUCUACUUGAUGUGCAUAUCCACAAGCCAAUGCUGAAUGCUCGAACGUGGAUGGAUGCUUUGCUCGCCUUUUUUCCAGGUUUGCAGGUCUUAAAGGGAGAUAUUAGACCUGCUAUUGAAACUCAUGAAAUGUUAUAUCAGGUGAUUAAAAAACAUAAUUUCCUACCAGAGGCAUUCACCACAGAUUUCCGGGUACAUUGGGCUCAACAUCCUUUAAGACCAGAAUUUGCAGAAAGUACCUACUUCUUGUAUAAAGCUACAGGAGAUCCUUACUACCUUGAAGUAGGGAAAACACUUAUUGAAAAUUUAAAUAAAUAUGCUAGAGUGCCUUGCGGAUUUGCUGCCAUGAAGGAUGUUCGUACUGGAAGUCAUGAGGACAGAAUGGAUUCUUUCUUCUUGGCUGAGAUGUUUAAAUAUCUUUACCUGUUAUUUGCGGAUAAAGAAGACAUUAUUUUUGACAUAGAAGAUUACAUCUUUACAACAGAAGCUCAUCUGUUACCUCUUUGGCUCUCUACUACAAAUCAAAGCAUCUCUAAGAAGAAUACAACCUCAGAAUAUACAGAACUGGAUGACAGUAAUUUUGAUUGGACUUGUCCAAACACUCAGAUUCUCUUCCCUAAUGACCCAUUGUAUGCUCAGAGCAUUCGUGAACCCUUGAAAAAUGUGGUGGAUAAGAGCUGUCCUAGAGGCAUCAUCAGAGUAGAGGAGAGUUUCAGGAGUGGAGCUAAACCCCCUCUGAGAGCCAGAGAUUUCAUGGCCACUAACCCUGAACAUUUAGAAAUCUUGAAGAAGAUGGGGGUGAGUUUGAUUCACCUCAAAGAUGGGAGAGUCCAGUUGGUUCAACAUGCAAUCCAAGCUGCUAGUUCAAUUGAUGCUGAAGAUGGGUUGAGAUUCAUGCAGGAGAUGAUUGAACUGUCAAGUCAGCAACAAAAAGAACAGCAGCUACCUCCACGAGCUGUACAAAUUGUUUCCCACCCAUUUUUUGGCAGGGUAGUGUUGACUGCUGGACCAGCUCAGUUUGGGCUAGAUCUGUCUAAACAUAAAGAGACAAGAGGAUUUGUUGCAAGCAGUAAACCGUACAAUGGUUGUUCAGAGCUUACUAACCCCGAGGCAGUGAUGGGAAAAAUCGCUCUGAUACAAAGAGGACAGUGCAUGUUUGCAGAAAAGGCACGCAAUGUUCAGAAUGCUGGUGCCAUUGGUGGCAUUGUUAUUGAUGACAAUGAGGGGAGCAGCAGUGAUACUGCCCCUCUGUUCCAGAUGGCGGGUGAUGGAAAAGACACAGAUGACAUCAAGAUCCCCAUGCUAUUCUUAUUCAGUAAAGAAGGAAGUAUCAUACUGGAUGCCAUCCGGGAGUAUGAGGAGGUGGAAGUGCUCCUUUCUGACAAAGCAAAAGAUAGAGCAGCAAUAUUAAAAGGUAAAAUGAUUCCAAGCUACAUUAUUAAUAGUAAUCCUGAAAUGGAAAAUGAAGAACAACCAUCCUCUGAAAAUGAUUCUCAGAAUCAGAGUGCUGAAGAGAUUAGAUCAAGUUCUCAGGAGGUUGAUUUGGUUGAUCAAGAGUCUCCUGAGGAAAGUUCUCUAAAUUCGCAACCAGAAUCACCAUCUUCCGCAGAUAUGGACAAUGCUGCAAGUGUUUCUGCUUCUGAACAGAAUUCUAACCCCAUGGAAAACCACGAGACUACAAGUCUUGAUGGUGAAUGUACAGAUUUAGAUAACCAACUUCAAGAACAAUCAGAAACUGAGGAAGAUUCCAAUCCUAAUGUUAGCUGGGGUAAAAAGGUCCAGCCUAUAGACUCCAUAUUAGCAGACUGGAAUGAAGAUAUAGAAGCAUUUGAAAUGAUGGAGAAAGAUGAACUAUGACUCACUAAAGAGUCUGGUGGUAGGUAUUUAAAAAGAAAAGGCAAACUGUGGUUCACAGACAUCCAGAUACUAAGCAGGCUCUCUCAUGGGAGUCUUUAAGUAUGGUGAUGAGCAACCACGUUCUGACUGAGAUAGUUAUCAUAGGAAUCUGGAGCAUGCUGUGUUAGAAUUGACCUUGCUUAAAACUGUCCCAUCCUAAAUGGAAACUCACAGCCCCUCCCCAACCCUGACCCCCACCUGGUGACAGCAUCGCACCACCCUGCAGCACCUCAGGCCAGGAAAAGAUUGCUGGGCAUUCCUAGGAACCAGAUUUCUGCAGUCUCUGGAUAGACCAGAAACAAAUUCAGUUAAUGAUGGAGUGGAGAAUAGGAAUUUGUAUAGAUUUCUAAUUAAAGGAAGUGCGGCUUUCUUGGUUUUGGGGUUAGAGGCUCUUUUGGGAAAAGACAUCUGAGUAUUGUGGGCAUUCUGGUUAUGCUGCCUUCACAAAAACACUCAAAGUGACCUAAGUGGUUAUGAAGCAAAUGCAUUUAUGGGGAAGACAGCCUUUGCUCAUCACUUUCACUUGCUUCAUUGUGUAACAAAUCAUCAAGAUGACUUGAUUUUUUUUUCUCUCUUAACAAUGUCCUUUUCAUUUAAACCAAAGGUGAAGCCAGUGUACUUUCUCAGUGAGUUCUUUGCAUAAAGGUUAAUCAUUGGGACCAGGUAAAAAGGUCAUAUAUUAUGGAAAUUGGUUACUUAAUACUUAUGAAAAAUGGAACAAGGGAGAAACUAUAAAGUAAUAUGAACUUGCCAUUGGGCCUUCCAUAGGGGAAGCCGUGACUACUCUGAAAUGGAACUUAAAGUUCUAUCCUUGUCGGGUAAAUUAUAAAUCUUGUCCAGUUUAUUUCUCUUAGAGGUGAUUACCUCUAGCCAUCAGCCUUACUCCAUCCCAUGUUUAGUAUGCAAUUGGAGCCACAAGGGCCAUAUCGCCAAUAGCUGAAUACAUUUUGUUCCAUUUUUCUAUCCUAGGGAGCCAUAAUAAAACUGUGGUAGUGAUCUAAAAAUCCUAGGGAAACAACUAUUUUUCAUCUUUGAAACUGUGGUUUCUAAAGAUGCACCUAGGGAGUCUGUCACAUUUUCUGUUGAAUCAUGGUUUUUAAAGUUUUUUUUUUUUAAAACCUUUUUUUUUUUUUUUUAACAGAUAUUCCUUCUAAUAAGGACUUGAAAAUUAAUCUAUGGUAACCUGUGUAAGAAACUUACACAGUAGCAACUAACAUAUAGCCAUAUAGCUUAAUGAGAAUUUAUUUUCCUUCUUUUUUUUUUUGGUGGCAGUCUGGUGCUGGCCACAUUUAAGUUUUAAAAACUGUUGUUGAUGUCCUGUAGACAGCCCUGUAGUUGAAAUCAUGUUUUUACUCAUUUUAUUUAUUUUUUUUAAACUUAAUCAGUUCUAAAGGAGUAUUUGUGAGACUUAAUUUUCUUUCUCUUUACCGUGACAUUACAUAAUAAUCUUUUCUUAAAACACAGUUUUGAGGUACUGAUGAACUUAAACUGUAUAUGGAGCUGUUAAAAGAGCAGUGCUGUAU